AUGGCACCCAAUCAUAACAAAAUAAAUAAUAUUGAUAGUAAUAAAAAGUGUACACUUCACCCAAACAAAGAUAUAGUAUUCUUUUGUUUAGAUUGUAAAUUAAUACCAUGUUGUAUUCAAUGUACAUCAAGUAAAGGUGAACAUCAUGAUCAUAAAACUGAUCCAUUAGAAUCAACUUCAAAUAUUCUUUCAUUAAUGAAUAAUUUUAAAGAUGAUGUACAUCAAAAAGUAAUUAAAAGAAUAGAAAUCAAUGAAACAAUAUUAAAACAAUCAAAUGAUAAAUACAAUGAAAUUCAAUCACAAUUUGAUAUUAAUAAUAAUUCAUUAAAAAAAGAAAUUAAAAAAAUUCAUGAUAUCAUUUCAAUCGUAGAAUUAGAUAUUCAAAAACAAUUAGAAACAACCUUUGAAAAUAAUACAUUAAUAAAUACAAUUAUAACUUCUUCAAUCAAUAAUGAUAAUCAAAUACUUUCAACUAUAAUAAUAAUAAUAAUAAUAAUAAUAAUAAUAAUAAUAAUAAUAAUAAUAAUAAUUAUAUUGAUAAAUCACAACUUGAAGAAAGACCAAUAG